AUGUUCAACACAAACAGUUGAUAUAUCACAUGCGGAUAUAGCGAAUAUAAUAAAUACAACAGUUCUAUUACUAAUUCAACAACUAGAUGAAUUACCUUGUGCAAAUGCUCCUUCCCAAAAAAGAAUUUUUGAUCAAAUAAAAGAAGCUGAAAAAAAAUUAGUAGAAUUUACUUCUCUUUGUGGUGCCACUAAUGAUUUUUAG